AUGUCCAUUAUUAUACCACAUUGGUUAAGAGCAGCAUUAAUCGGUGCUGCACCGAUGCUUGGUCUUGUAUUUUUAAUAUUAUUCACAUUUACACUAUUAGGUAUCGUACAACGUCUUAAAAUAAUUCUACAAAGAGCAUGUAUGAAUUCUAAAAAACCAAAAUUACGAACACCAACUAUAAAUGCAAAUAAAAAUAUUACCGUUCUAUUAACAAAUGAGGAAACAAAUAAUGUUCAAACAGUUAUUAGUAAUGAUAAUGAAAAUAAUCAAGAAGAAUAUCAACAACAAUUAUUGCUUAACAAACAAUCAAAUCCAAUUGUUCAUGAUCAUUUAGAUUCUAUAUUAAUGAUUGAUAUGGAUACAUCAUCACCAAAAUUAUCUCAAAAAAAUAUAAACCAAGAUGAUACAUCAUCAAUUAUUCAAUUGAAAAUACGUUCAUCAAAAAGUGAAGGAAAAUUAAACGAAAGUAUGUAUAUUGUAUACUUGAAAUAA